AUGGCUACUCGCGCGGAAUCCGCACCAGGGGUUGAUCCUGAGCUCGCCCUGAUCUAUGGUGCAUAUCCUGUGCCUGCCGUGUUGACGCCUGAGAUGAUUCCUAUGCUCAGGACGGCACAGGCUGCGCUGUAUAACGAGGUCACUAUGACCGCUACGCAUCCAGUCUCGCACAAGGAGUACAGUUUCAAGAGCUACGACGACUACGAGGUUACUGCUUCCGUUUUCACGCCUACCGGCGCGACACACUCUAAUUCUUCCCGUCCUUGUAUCUACUAUAUUCAUGGGGGCGGCCUGAUUAUAGGAAAUCGCUUCCUGGGCAUCGACAUCACCUAUCCUCUCGCGCAGGAGUUGGGUGCUGUUGUCAUUUCGAUCGAAUACCGACUCGCACCCGAGCACAAGGCUCCGUCAGCAUCUGAAGACGCCUAUGCUGGCCUGCUGUGGGCUACAAAGAAUUAUGCUACUUUGGGCAUCGAUCCGAAAAGAAUACUUGUUUGGGGAUCAAGUUCCGGAGGAGGUUUAGCUGCUGCCCUUGGAUUAAUGGUUCGUGACCGGAAGCCUUCAUGCGGACUGCAUCUCAAGGGCCUACUCUUGCACUACCCGAUGCUGGACAACCUUAUCAAUGAGGAUGACAAAACGACUUUCAGCGGCAGGGCAGCACCUGCAUGGAGCUCCGAGACACACAAAAUGGCUUGGGAACAGUACUUGGGCAGCAACUCCAAGCUUGCCCAGGACUCCCAUGUGGUACCGGCGAGAGCCAAGGACUUGAGCCGGCUGCCUCCAGUUCUGGUAGACGUGGGUAGUGCUGAACUGUUCCGUAGGGCAGCGGCGCAGUUCGCGCAGGGUAUCUGGGAGGCAGGUGGUCUGGUUGAGGUGCAUGUUGCUGGUGGUGCGUUCCAUGGCUCGGAUCUCGUAGCGACAGAUGCCAGGGUCACGAAGAGAGCAAUCCAGGCACGAACUUCCUGGGGUCGUGACAUGCUCGAAUCUUGA